UAAUACAUCCAUCAUGACAACAAACCCAAACCUCCUCUAUGCUUUGGAAAGCAUUACUGCAAACCCUCUUCCAACUUCUUCUACUACCACUACUGUGGCUACACCUCUCGGACCUCACAGAGCUCUGGCGCAAGCAAAAGAUCCUCGUCAUGGCUGCAUCAACGGCAUCAAGAUCUCUACGUGCAAAAUAUGCGCUGGUCAUGUGCUGAGAAGGCAAACCAACAGCAAAGCGGCAUGCACCGCAUGCAAAGGCACUGGAUUCUCAGGGGCUAGGUGUACUGCUUGUGCCAUCGGAGCCGUCUUCGCGUUGAGAACGCUCAUCAAGGAGGUCGCUGCUGACGUCCUGGCUGGAGAUAACAAGAGGAUCAAGGUUCUCGAGAAUCAGGCUUCGGCAACGAGAGAGACUGCGAAAAGGACGGAGAUGGCAGACGCGAAAGACACAAAAGCGAAGGACGGGGAUGGUCCAGAGGAAGAAAGCGAGACCCUCAAGAAA